AUGUCUACGCCUCGCUGCAAGUUUUCUAUCGAUAUCCUUCUGAUCGUGCCCGUGCAAUAUGAGCGCAAUUACAAGGAGAAAACGCGCUGGGAAGCUUCGAACAUGCAAGCACCGCCUCUGCAGGCCGACGCCUUCCGCACUCUUCAUCUACGUCUGCGGUUCUGCUUUCGAACCAUCUAUACCAAGAUCAUGGGCGUUUUCUGCUGGAUCAUUCUUGGGCUGCUCCUCUUCGUCUAUCUGAGGCAGCUUCCGUCUCACAAGUUGCACGUACUAAACCGUGAUUUAGAAGAAGUGCGCUCGUAUUUUACAUGCGCGGUCGAGGAGGGCCUGUUAAGCGGGUCGUACGCGGACGACUACCGCUUUGAGCUACACAAACUGCAGCGCGAGACAGAAAAACUGCGUCUCAUCAUGAUGGACGUCUGGCCGUUUUCUCCCCGCGACUUCUUCCACAUGCUCAGCGGCGUGACCAAGCAAUGCUACAAACUCUGCGACGACAUCGAAAUCUUCCGCAACAAGCUCAGGGGUGCAACCUCGUACGAAAGAUUUCAUCGCGACAUAUACAGGAUAACGACGCCCCCACCGUCGACGCCAACCUGUGACUCCACUACGGACGAUAUCGUGGCCAUGUCUACGCCUACUCCGUCCGCUCCGGCGCCCCCCAGCGCCAGCGCCCCGCUCACCCCCACCUACUCCAUGCCUGCCUUCGCCACUUCGCCCACCCCCACCGCCUCUUGGCCAGAUAAGUCCACGCUUACACCCAUCACUGAUACCCUCGGACAUCAUUGCCCUCCUGGACCGCACCUCAUACCCGCUAUCCAUACCACUUACUCUCUCUGA